CUCGCCUAUUUCCGUCGUGGUGGCCGGCAUGAUCCUUUCAACGCGGCGUGUUGCAUUCCCUACGGGAACAUGUCAAAGGCAAAGGUGAUGAGACAAACGAAAAUAGUGAAGAAGAGACCGUAUUUGAGAGCAUUGAUUUCAGCCUCCCUCGCGUCCCUCAGCCUCGUGUCCUCCUCCAUCCUUCUUUUUGCCUCCAUCUUUCUCUCUACCCCCGCCCUCGUCGCCUUCUCCUCCUCCGCCUUAGCGACCUUUUUCUGCAGCAUCAUAACCCACAUACAAAGAACCACAUUCUUCCUCAGCUCCUCCGUCAUCCUCCUUGCUUUCUCCUCUUCCACCUCAGCGACCCGCCGAUGCAGCGCCUCAACCUUACUGCUGAGCUCGUCGUUCUGCUUGCUGUAGCAGUCGGUCGUGAACUUGUGCCGCCAUACCUCCUCCUGGAGAUGCCGUCGGGACUGCUCGAGG